AUGCCAGAAGGUGAAGUUGGGGCAGGGUUUAGAGGGAAGCAGCAGAGGAUCCCAAGAGGGAGGCAUCAGGGAAAGCAUCAGGGAAAGCAUCAGGGAGAGCAUCAGGGAGAGCAUCAGGGAGAGCAUCAGGGAAAGCAUCAGGGAAAGCAUCAGGGAAAGCAUCAGGGAGAGCAUCAGGGAGAGCAUCAGGGAGAGCAUCAGGGAGAGCAUCAGGGAAAGCAUCAGGGAAAGCAUCAGGGAAAGCAUCAGGGAGAGCAUCAGGGAAAGCAUCAGGGAGAGCAUCAGGGAAAGCAUCAGGGAAAGCAUCAGGGAGAGCAUCAGGGAAAGCAUCAGGGAGAGCAUCAGGGAGAGCAUCAGGGAAAGCAUCAGGGAAAGCAUCAGGGAAAGCAUCAGAAAGCAUCAGGGAGAGCAUCAGGGAGAGCAUCAGGGAGAGCAUCAGGGAAAGCAUCAGGGAAAGCAUCAGGGAGAGCAUCAGGGAAAGCAUCAGGGAGAGCAUCAGGGAGAGCAUCAGGGAAAGCAUCAGGGAGAGCAUCAGGGAAAGCAUCAGGGAGAGCAUCAGGGAAAGCAUCAGGGAGAGCAUCAGGGAAAGCAUCAGGGAAAGCAUCAGGGAAAGCAUCAGGGAAAGCAUCAGGGAGAGCAUCAGGGAGAGCAUCAGGGAAAGCAUCAGGGAAAGCAUCAGGGAGAGCAUCAGGGAAAGCAUCAGGGAAAGCAUCAGGGAGAGCAUCAGGGAAAGCAUCAGGGAGAGCAUCAGGGAAAGCAUCAGGGAGAGCAUCAGGGAGAGCAUCAGGGAAAGCAUCAGGGAGAGCAUCAGGGAAAGCAUCAGGGAAAGCAUCAGGGAGAGCAUCAGGGAAAGCAUCAGGGAGAGCAUCAGGGAGAGCAUCAGGGAAAGCAUCAGGGAAAGCAUCAGGGAAAGCAUCAGGGAGAGCAUCAGGGAGAGCAUCAGGGAGAGCAUCAGGGAGAGCAUCAGGGAAAGCAUCAGGGAGAGCAUCAGGGAGAGCAUCAGGGAGAGCAUCAGGGAGAGCAUCAGGGAGAGCAUCAGGGGAGCAUCAGGAGAGCAUCAGGGAGAGCAUCAGGGAGAGCAUCAGGGAAAGCAUCAGGGAAAGCAUCAGGGAGAGCAUCAGGGAGAGCAUCAGGGAGAGCAUCAGGGAAAGCAUCAGGGAAAGCAUCAGGGAGAGCAUCAGGGAAAGCAUCAGGGAGAGCAUCAGGGAAAGCAUCAGGGAAAGCAUCAGGGAGAGCAUCAGGGAGAGCAUCAGGGAGAGCAUCAGGGAGAGCAUCAGGGAAAGCAUCAGGGAGAGCAUCAGGGAAAGCAUCAGGGAGAGCAUCAGGGAGAGCAUCAGGGAGAGCAUCAGGGAGAGCAUCAGGGAGAGCAUCAGGGAGAGCAUCAGGGAGAGCAUCAGGGAAAGCAUCAGGGAGAGCAUCAGGGAAAGCAUCAGGGAGAGCAUCAGGGAAAGCAUCAGGGAGAGCAUCAGGGAGAGCAUCAGGGAGAGCAUCAGGGAGAGCAUCAGGGAGAGCAUCAGGGAAAGCAUCAGGGAGAGCAUCAGGGAGAGCAUCAGGGAGAGCAUCAGGGAAAGCAUCAGGGAAAGCAUCAGGGAAAGCAUCAGGGAGAGCAUCAGGGAGAGCAUCAGGGAGAGCAUCAGGGAGAGCAUCAGGGAGAGCAUCAGGGAAAGCAUCAGGGAGAGCAUCAGGGAGAGCAUCAGGGAGAGCAUCAGGGAAAGCAUCAGGGAGAGCAUCAGGGAAAGCAUCAGGGAGAGCAUCAGGGAAAGCAUCAGGGAGAGCAUCAGGGAAAGCAUCAGGGAAAGCAUCAGGGAAAGCAUCAGGGAAAGCAUCAGGGAAAGCAUCAGGGAGAGCAUCAGGGAAAGCAUCAGGGAGAGCAUCAGGGAAAGCAUCAGGGAGAGCAUCAGGGAGAGCAUCAGGGAAAGCAUCAGGGAGAGCAUCAGGGAGAGCAUCAGGGAGAGCAUCAGGGAGAGCAUCAGGGAGAGCAUCAGGGAAAGCAUCAGGGAGAGCAUCAGGGAAAGCAUCAGGGAAAGCAUCAGGGAGAGCAUCAGGGAAAGCAUCAGGGAGAGCAUCAGGGAAAGCAUCAGGGAAAGCAUCAGGGGAAGCAUCAGGGAAAGCAUCAGGGAAAGCAUCAGGGAGAGCAUCAGGGAAAGCAUCAGGGAGAGCAUCAGGGAAAGCAUCAGGGAAAGCAUCAGGGAAAGCAUCAGGGAAAGCAUCAGGGAGAGCAUCAGGGAGAGCAUCAGGGAAAGCAUCAGGGAAAGCAUCAGGGAAAGCAUCAGGGAGAGCAUCAGGGAAAGCAUCAGGGAAAGCAUCAGGGAGAGCAUCAGGGAAAGCAUCAGGGAGAGCAUCAGGGAAAGCAUCAGGGAGAGCAUCAGGGAGAGCAUCAGGGAAAGCAUCAGGGAGAGCAUCAGGGAGAGCAUCAGGGAAAGCAUCAGGGAGAGCAUCAGGGAAAGCAUCAGGGAGAGCAUCAGGGAGAGCAUCAGGGAAAGCAUCAGGGAAAGCAUCAGGGAAAGCAUCAGGGAGAGCAUCAGGGAGAGCAUCAGGGAGAGCAUCAGGGAAAGCAUCAGGGAGAGCAUCAGGGAGAGCAUCAGGGAAAGCAUCAGGGAAAGCAUCAGGGAGAGCAUCAGGGAGAGCAUCAGGGAGAGCAUCAGGGAAAGCAUCAGGGAGAGCAUCAGGGAAAGCAUCAGGGAGAGCAUCAGGGAAAGCAUCAGGGAGAGCAUCAGGGAAAGCAUCAGGGAAAGCAUCAGGGAAAGCAUCAGGGAGAGCAUCAGGGAGAGCAUCAGGGAGAGCAUCAGGGAGAGCAUCAGGGAAAGCAUCAGGGAAAGCAUCAGGGAGAGCAUCAGGGAAAGCAUCAGGGAGAGCAUCAGGGAAAGCAUCAGGGAAAGCAUCAGGGAGAGCAUCAGGGAAAGCAUCAGGGAGAGCAUCAGGGAAAGCAUCAGGGAGAGCAUCAGGGAGAGCAUCAGGGAAAGCAUCAGGGAAAGCAUCAGGGAAAGCAUCAGGGAAAGCAUCAGGGAGAGCAUCAGGGAGAGCAUCAGGGAGAGCAUCAGGGAAAGCAUCAGGGAGAGCAUCAGGGAAAGCAUCAGGGAGAGCAUCAGGGAAAGCAUCAGGGAAAGCAUCAGGGAAAGCAUCAGGGAGAGCAUCAGGGAGAGCAUCAGGGAGAGCAUCAGGGAAAGCAUCAGGGAAAGCAUCAGGGAAAGCAUCAGGGAAAGCAUCAGGGAAAGCAUCAGGGAGAGCAUCAGGGAGAGCAUCAGGGAGAGCAUCAGGGAAAGCAUCAGGGAAAGCAUCAGGGAAAGCAUCAGGGAGAGCAUCAGGGAGAGCAUCAGGGAGAGCAUCAGGGAAAGCAUCAGGGAGAGCAUCAGGGAGAGCAUCAGGGAGAGCAUCAGGGAGAGCAUCAGGGAGAGCAUCAGGGAAAGCAUCAGGGAGAGCAUCAGGGAAAGCAUCAGGGAGAGCAUCAGGGAAAGCAUCAGGGAAAGCAUCAGGGAAAGCAUCAGGGAAAGCAUCAGGGAGAGCAUCAGGGAGAGCAUCAGGGAAAGCAUCAGGGAAAGCAUCAGGGAAAGCAUCAGGGAAAGCAUCAGGGAAAGCAUCAGGGAAAGCAUCAGGGAGAGCAUCAGGGAAAGCAUCAGGGAGAGCAUCAGGGAGAGCAUCAGGGAGAGCAUCAGGGAAAGCAUCAGGGAGAGCAUCAGGGAAAGCAUCAGGGAGAGCAUCAGGGAGAGCAUCAGGGAGAGCAUCAGGGAGAGCAUCAGGGAGAGCAUCAGGGAGAGCAUCAGGGAAAGCAUCAGGGAGAGCAUCAGGGAGAGCAUCAGGGAGAGCAUCAGGGAGAGCAUCAGGGAGAGCAUCAGGGAAAGCAUCAGGGAGAGCAUCAGGGAGAGCAUCAGGGAGAGCAUCAGGGAGAGCAUCAGGGAGAGCAUCAGGGAAAGCAUCAGGGAAAGCAUCAGGGAGAGCAUCAGGGAGAGCAUCAGGGAGAGCAUCAGGGAGAGCAUCAGGGAAAGCAUCAGGGAAAGCAUCAGGGAGAGCAUCAGGGAAAGCAUCAGGGAGAGCAUCAGGGAAAGCAUCAGGGAAAGCAUCAGGGAGAGCAUCAGGGAGAGCAUCAGGGAGAGCAUCAGGGAGAGCAUCAGGGAGAGCAUCAGGGAGAGCAUCAGGGAAAGCAUCAGGGAGAGCAUCAGGGAAAGCAUCAGGGAGAGCAUCAGGGAGAGCAUCAGGGAGAGCAUCAGGGAGAGCAUCAGGGAGAGCAUCAGGGAGAGCAUCAGGGAGAGCAUCAGGGAAAGCAUCAGGGAGAGCAUCAGGGAAAGCAUCAGGGAGAGCAUCAGGGAAAGCAUCAGGGAGAGCAUCAGGGAGAGCAUCAGGGAGAGCAUCAGGGAGAGCAUCAGGGAGAGCAUCAGGGAAAGCAUCAGGGAGAGCAUCAGGGAGAGCAUCAGGGAGAGCAUCAGGGAAAGCAUCAGGGAAAGCAUCAGGGAAAGCAUCAGGGAGAGCAUCAGGGAGAGCAUCAGGGAGAGCAUCAGGGAGAGCAUCAGGGAGAGCAUCAGGGGAAAGCAUCAGGGAGAGCAUCAGGGAGAGCAUCAGGGAGAGCAUCAGGGAAAGCAUCAGGGAGAGCAUCAGGGAAAGCAUCAGGGAGAGCAUCAGGGAAAGCAUCAGGGAGAGCAUCAGGGAAAGCAUCAGGGAAAGCAUCAGGGAAAGCAUCAGGGAAAGCAUCAGGGAGAGCAUCAGGGAAAGCAUCAGGGAGAGCAUCAGGGAAAGCAUCAGGGAGAGCAUCAGGGAGAGCAUCAGGGAAAGCAUCAGGGAGAGCAUCAGGGAGAGCAUCAGGGAGAGCAUCAGGGAGAGCAUCAGGGAGAGCAUCAGGGAGAGCAUCAGGGAGAGCAUCAGGGAAAGCAUCAGGGAGAGCAUCAGGGAAAGCAUCAGGGAAAGCAUCAGGGAGAGCAUCAGGGAAAGCAUCAGGGAGAGCAUCAGGGAAAGCAUCAGGGAAAGCAUCAGGGGAAGCAUCAGGGAAAGCAUCAGGGAAAGCAUCAGGAGAGCAUCAGGGAGAGCAUCAGGGAGAGCAUCAGGGAAAGCAUCAGGGGAAAGCAUCAGGGAAAGCAUCAGGGAAAGCAUCAGGGAAAGCAUCAGGGAGAGCAUCAGGGAAAGCAUCAGGGAAAGCAUCAGGGAAAGCAUCAGGGAAAGCAUCAGGGAGAGCAUCAGGGAAAGCAUCAGGGAAAGCAUCAGGGAGAGCAUCAGGGAAAGCAUCAGGGAGAGCAUCAGGGAAAGCAUCAGGGAGAGCAUCAGGGAGAGCAUCAGGGAAAGCAUCAGGGAGAGCAUCAGGGAGAGCAUCAGGGAAAGCAUCAGGGAGAGCAUCAGGGAAAGCAUCAGGGAGAGCAUCAGGGAGAGCAUCAGGGAAAGCAUCAGGGAAAGCAUCAGGGAAAGCAUCAGGGAGAGCAUCAGGGAGAGCAUCAGGGAGAGCAUCAGGGAAAGCAUCAGGGAGAGCAUCAGGGAGAGCAUCAGGGAAAGCAUCAGGGAAAGCAUCAGGGAGAGCAUCAGGGAGAGCAUCAGGGAGAGCAUCAGGGAAAGCAUCAGGGAGAGCAUCAGGGAAAGCAUCAGGGAGAGCAUCAGGGAAAGCAUCAGGGAGAGCAUCAGGGAAAGCAUCAGGGAAAGCAUCAGGGAAAGCAUCAGGGAGAGCAUCAGGGAGAGCAUCAGGGAGAGCAUCAGGGAGAGCAUCAGGGAAAGCAUCAGGGAAAGCAUCAGGGAGAGCAUCAGGGAAAGCAUCAGGGAGAGCAUCAGGGAAAGCAUCAGGGAAAGCAUCAGGGAGAGCAUCAGGGAAAGCAUCAGGGAGAGCAUCAGGGAGAGCAUCAGGGAAAGCAUCAGGGAAAGCAUCAGGGAAAGCAUCAGGGAAAGCAUCAGGGAGAGCAUCAGGGAGAGCAUCAGGGAGAGCAUCAGGGAAAGCAUCAGGGAGAGCAUCAGGGAAAGCAUCAGGGAGAGCAUCAGGGAAAGCAUCAGGGAAAGCAUCAGGGAAAGCAUCAGGGAGAGCAUCAGGGAAAGCAUCAGGGAGAGCAUCAGGGAAAGCAUCAGGGAAAGCAUCAGGGAAAGCAUCAGGGAAAGCAUCAGGGAAAGCAUCAGGGAGAGCAUCAGGGAGAGCAUCAGGGAGAGCAUCAGGGAAAGCAUCAGGGAAAGCAUCAGGGAAAGCAUCAGGGAGAGCAUCAGGGAGAGCAUCAGGGAGAGCAUCAGGGAAAGCAUCAGGGAGAGCAUCAGGGAGAGCAUCAGGGAGAGCAUCAGGGAGAGCAUCAGGGAGAGCAUCAGGGAAAGCAUCAGGGAGAGCAUCAGGGAAAGCAUCAGGGAGAGCAUCAGGGAAAGCAUCAGGGAAAGCAUCAGGGAAAGCAUCAGGGAAAGCAUCAGGGAGAGCAUCAGGGAGAGCAUCAGGGAAAGCAUCAGGGAAAGCAUCAGGGAAAGCAUCAGGGAAAGCAUCAGGGAAAGCAUCAGGGAAAGCAUCAGGGAAAGCAUCAGGGAAAGCAUCAGGGAGAGCAUCAGGGAAAGCAUCAGGGAAAGCAUCAGGGAGAGCAUCAGGGAAAGCAUCAGGGAGAGCAUCAGGGAAAGCAUCAGGGAGAGCAUCAGGGAGAGCAUCAGGGAAAGCAUCAGGGAAAGCAUCAGGGAAAGCAUCAGGGAAAGCAUCAGGGAGAGCAUCAGGGAGAGCAUCAGGGAGAGCAUCAGGGAAAGCAUCAGGGAGAGCAUCAGGGAAAGCAUCAGGGAGAGCAUCAGGGAAAGCAUCAGGGAAAGCAUCAGGGAGAGCAUCAGGGAAAGCAUCAGGGAAAGCAUCAGGGAAAGCAUCAGGGAGAGCAUCAGGGAAGCAUCAGGGAGAGCAUCAGGGAGAGCAUCAGGGAGAGCAUCAGGGAAGCAUCAGGGAAAGCAUCAGGGAAAGCAUCAGGGAGAGCAUCAGGGAAAGCAUCAGGGAAAGCAUCAGGGAAAGCAUCAGGGAAAGCAUCAGGGAAAGCAUCAGGGAAAGCAUCAGGGAAAGCAUCAGGGAAGCAUCAGGGAGAGCAUCAGGGAAAGCAUCAGGGAAAGCAUCAGGGAAAGCAUCAGGGAGAGCAUCAGGGAGAGCAUCAGGGAGAGCAUCAGGGAGAGCAUCAGGGAAAGCAUCAGGGAAAGCAUCAGGGAAAGCAUCAGGGAAAGCAUCAGGGAAAGCAUCAGGGAAAGCAUCAGGGAAAGCAUCAGGGAGAGCAUCAGGGAGAGCAUCAGGGAGAGCAUCAGGGAAAGCAUCAGGGAGAGCAUCAGGGAGAGCAUCAGGGAGAGCAUCAGGGAGAGCAUCAGGGAGAGCAUCAGGGAAAGCAUCAGGGGAGAGCAUCAGGGAAAGCAUCAGGGAGAGCAUCAGGGAAAGCAUCAGGGGAAAGCAUCAGGGAAAGCAUCAGGGAAAGCAUCAGGGAGAGCAUCAGGGAAAGCAUCAGGGAGAGCAUCAGGGAAGCAUCAGGGAAAGCAUCAGGGAAAGCAUCAGGGAAAGCAUCAGGGAAAGCAUCAGGGAAAGCAUCAGGGAGAGCAUCAGGGAAAGCAUCAGGGAGAGCAUCAGGGAAAGCAUCAGGGAAAGCAUCAGGGAGAGCAUCAGGGAAAGCAUCAGGGAAAGCAUCAGGGAAAGCAUCAGGGAAAGCAUCAGGGAAAGCAUCAGGGAGAGCAUCAGGGAGAGCAUCAGGGAAAGCAUCAGGAGAGCAUCAGGGAAAGCAUCAGGGAAGCAUCAGGGAGAGCAUCAGGGAAAGCAUCAGGGAAAGCAUCAGGGAAGCAUCAGGAAAGCAUCAGGGAAAGCAUCAGGGAAGCAUCAGGGAAAGCAUCAGGGAAAGCAUCAGGGAAGAGCAUCAGGGAGAGCAUCAGGGAGAGCAUCAGGGAGAGCAUCAGGGAGAAGCAUCAGGGAAAGCAUCAGGGAAAGCAUCAGGGAAAGCAUCAGGGAAAGCAUCAGGGAAAGCAUCAGGGAAAGCAUCAGGGAAAGCAUCAGGGAAAGCAUCAGGGAAAGCAUCAGGGAAGCAUCAGGGAAGCAUCAGGGAAAGCAUCAGGGAAAGCAUCAGGGAAAGCAUCAGGGAGAGCAUCAGGGAAAGCAUCAGGGAAAGCAUCAGGGAAAGCAUCAGGGAAAGCAUCAGGGAAGCAUCAGGGAAAGCAUCAGGGAGAGCAUCAGGGAAAGCAUCAGGGAGAGCAUCAGGGAAAGCAUCAGGGAAAGCAUCAGGGAAGCAUCAGGGAAAGCAUCAGGGAAAGCAUCAGGAAGCAUCAGGGAGAGCAUCAGGGAGAGCAUCAGGGAAAGCAUCAGGGAGAGCAUCAGGGAAAGCAUCAGGGAAAGCAUCAGGGAAAGCAUCAGGGAAAGCAUCAGGGAGAGCAUCAGGGAGAGCAUCAGGGAGAGCAUCAGGGAAAGCAUCAGGGAGAGCAUCAGGGAAAGCAUCAGGGAAAGCAUCAGGGAAAGCAUCAGGGAAAGCAUCAGGGAAAGCAUCAGGGAGAGCAUCAGGGAGAGCAUCAGGGAAAGCAUCAGGGAAAGCAUCAGGGAAAGCAUCAGGGAAAGCAUCAGGGAAAGCAUCAGGGAAAGCAUCAGGGAAAGCAUCAGGGAAAGCAUCAGGGAGAGCAUCAGGGAGAGCAUCAGGGAGAGCAUCAGGGAAAGCAUCAGGGAAAGCAUCAGGGAAAGCAUCAGGGAAAGCAUCAGGGAAAGCAUCAGGGAGAGCAUCAGGGAAAGCAUCAGGGAGAGCAUCAGGGAAAGCAUCAGGGAGAGCAUCAGGGAAAGCAUCAGGGAAAGCAUCAGGGAAAGCAUCAGGGAAAGCAUCAGGGAAGCAUCAGGGAAAGCAUCAGGGAAAGCAUCAGGGAAAGCAUCAGGGAAAGCAUCAGGGAAGCAUCAGGGAAAGCAUCAGGGAAAGCAUCAGGGAAAGCAUCAGGGAAAGCAUCAGGGAAAGCAUCAGGGAGAGCAUCAGGGAAAGCAUCAGGGAAAGCAUCAGGGAAAGCAUCAGGGGAGCAUCAGGGAAAGCAUCAGGGAAGCAUCAGGGAGAGCAUCAGGGAAAGCAUCAGGGAAAGCAUCAGGGAAGCAUCAGGGAAAGCAUCAGGGAAGCAUCAGGGAAAGCAUCAGGGAAAGCAUCAGGGAAAGCAUCAGGGAAGCAUCAGGGAAAGCAUCAGGGAAAGCAUCAGGGAGAGCAUCAGGGAAAGCAUCAGGGAAGCAUCAGGGAAAGCAUCAGGGAGAGCAUCAGGGAAAGCAUCAGGGAAAGCAUCAGGGAAAGCAUCAGGGAGAGCAUCAGGGAAAGCAUCAGGGAGAGCAUCAGGGAAAGCAUCAGGGAAAGCAUCAGGGAAAGCAUCAGGGAAAGCAUCAGGGAAAGCAUCAGGGAAAGCAUCAGGGAAGCAUCAGGGCAUCAGGGAAAGCAUCAGGGAAAGCAUCAGGGAAGCAUCAGGGAAAGCAUCAGGGAAAGCAUCAGGGAAAGCAUCAGGGAGAGCAUCAGGGAGAGCAUCAGGGAAAGCAUCAGGGAGAGCAUCAGGGAAAGCAUCAGGGAAAGCAUCAGGGAAAGCAUCAGGGAAAGCAUCAGGGGAGCAUCAGGGAAGCAUCAGGGAAAGCAUCAGGGAAAGCAUCAGGGAGAGCAUCAGGGAAAGCAUCAGGGAGAGCAUCAGGGAAAGCAUCAGGGAGAGCAUCAGGGAAAGCAUCAGGGAAAGCAUCAGGGAAAGCAUCAGGGAAAGCAUCAGGGAAAGCAUCAGGGAAAGCAUCAGGGAAAGCAUCAGGGAAAGCAUCAGGGAAAGCAUCAGGGAAGCAUCAGGGAAAGCAUCAGGGAAAGCAUCAGGGAAAGCAUCAGGGAAAGCAUCAGGGAAAGCAUCAGGGAGAGCAUCAGGGAAAGCAUCAGGGAAAGCAUCAGGGAAGCAUCAGGGAAAGCAUCAGGGAAAGCAUCAGGGAAAGCAUCAGGGAAAGCAUCAGGGAAAGCAUCAGGGAAAGCAUCAGGGAAAGCAUCAGGGAGAGCAUCAGGGAGAGCAUCAGGGAAAGCAUCAGGGAAGCAUCAAAGCAUCAGGGAAAGCAUCAGGGAAAGCAUCAGGGAGAGCAUCAGGGAAAGCAUCAGGGAAAGCAUCAGGGAGAGCAUCAGGGAAAGCAUCAGGGAAAGCAUCAGGGAAAGCAUCAGGGAAAGCAUCAGGGCAUCAGGAGAGCAUCAGGGAAAGCAUCAGGGAAAGCAUCAGGGCAGCAUCAGGGAAAGCAUCAGGGAAAGCAUCAGGGAAAGCAUCAGGGAAAGCAUCAGGGAAGCAUCAGGGAAAGCAUCAGGGAAAGCAUCAGGGAAAGCAUCAGGGAAGCAUCAGGGAGAGCAUCAGGGAAAGCAUCAGGGAAAGCAUCAGGGAAAGCAUCAGGGAAAGCAUCAGGGAAGCAUCAGGGAAAGCAUCAGGGAAAGCAUCAGGGAAAGCAUCAGGGAAAGCAUCAGGGAAAGCAUCAGGGAAAGCAUCAGGGAAAGCAUCAGGGAAAGCAUCAGGGAAAGCAUCAGGGAAAGCAUCAGGGAAAGCAUCAGGGAAGCAUCAGGGAAGCAUCAGGGAAGCAUCAGGGAAAGCAUCAGGGAGAGCAUCAGGGAAAGCAUCAGGGAAAGCAUCAGGGAAAGCAUCAGGGAAAGCAUCAGGGAAAGCAUCAGGGAAAGCAUCAGGGAAAGCAUCAGGGAAAGCAUCAGGGAAAGCAUCAGGGAAAGCAUCAGGGAAAGCAUCAGGGAAAGCAUCAGGGAAGCAUCAGGGAAAGCAUCAGGGAAAGCAUCAGGGAAAGCAUCAGGGAAAGCAUCAGGGAAAGCAUCAGGGAAAGCAUCAGGGAAAGCAUCAGGGAAAGCAUCAGGGAAAGCAUCAGGGAAAGCAUCAGGGAAAGCAUCAGGGAAAGCAUCAGGGAAAGCAUCAGGGAAAGCAGGAAUCAGGGAAAGCAUCAGGGAGAGCAUCAGGGAGAGCAUCAGGGAAAGCAUCAGGGAAAGCAUCAGGGAAAGCAUCAGGGAAAGCAUCAGGGAAAGCAUCAGGGAGAGCAUCAGGGAAAGCAUCAGGGAAAGCAUCAGGGAAAGCAUCAGGGAAAGCAUCAGGGAAAGCAUCAGGGAGAGCAUCAGGGAAAGCAUCAGGGAGAGCAUCAGGGAAAGCAUCAGGGAGAGCAUCAGGGAAAGCAUCAGGGAGAGCAUCAGGGAAAGCAUCAGGGAAAGCAUCAGGGAAAGCAUCAGGGAGAGCAUCAGGGAAAGCAUCAGGGAAAGCAUCAGGGAAAGCAUCAGGGAAAGCAUCAGGGAGAGCAUCAGGGAAAGCAUCAGGGAAAGCAUCAGGGAAAGCAUCAGGGAAAGCAUCAGGGAAAGCAUCAGGGAGAGCAUCAGGGAGAGCAUCAGGGAAAGCAUCAGGGAAAGCAUCAGGGAAAGCAUCAGGGAGAGCAUCAGGGAAAGCAUCAGGGAGAGCAUCAGGGAAAGCAUCAGGGAAAGCACAUCAGGCAACACAUCCCAUAAUGACAUCAUGUAUUUUGACAGAGCAAAUUGA